CUCAAGGAAUGCAUACAUGAAACCUUGACUGAAUAUCUGACUCCACUCAUGAAUAUACCUAUUCACAUGAUUUGAAAGUAUUGUAGUGGAUCAUGAUAUAGAAUGAAUGACGAAUAAAUAAAUGAAGGAUUUGACUUACAUUAACCAUAAUUGUAUGACAGAUAUGUUCAGACUUUUGUCUCCUGCUAUUAUUUCACUAACAUCUGAAUAUGUAAUGAAUAUCGAUGCAGAUGCAUCUACAAUUCCAAGAAAGCUCCCAUCAAAGUUGAUUUCAAGUGGGUUGUCGUAAAUAUCGAAACUAUACUUUAUCAAUCCACGCAACGGAUCAUCUGCGUCCACAUUAGUCGGCUUCGGCACAUGUGCAUCCUCGUUGUGUGGAAUACUUUGUGGAACCUACAUGGUUAAUGAAAGUGGACUAUCAGCAACUCGUUAUUGUUGUUCCCUAAUUACUAGCACCAAAUCCUUGCAGCAUUUCCAUUUCAUUGACACGAGUGCAGGGCUUCAGACCUUCAAACCAAGUCUUUUAGGUUCUCCUGGAUCCUUCAAGUGGGAGGGUGUGCAAGGAUCAUUCACUCCAUUAACCUCUGUUAAAAGGAUAUCUCAGAAAAAAGACUAUGACAUUGCCCUUGUUGGGGCCUUUAGAAGGGAAAAGGACAAAGAGAUGGAAUUACAGGCACUAAGAGAUGAAAUUCAAGCGUCCAUGAAGCUGGUGAGACAAAGAGAAGAUGACAUACAAAGUUUGAAGAUGAGACUACGUUUUCGAGAAGCUGGAAUAAAAAGAUUACAAACAGUUGCUUCUGAGAAGAUCUCAGCUGAGACACACUUGCUAAAAGAAAAAGAGGAGCACUUGAAGGAAAUUGAGGUCUUGCGGGCCCAGGUGGAUCGGAAUAAUGAAGCAACUACAUUUGCUAUGGAAAAUUUGCAGCUAAAAGAAGAAAUUAGAAGGUUAAAGUCAUUUUGUAUGGAAGGUGAACGAGAACGGAUGAGUGAACAAAUCAUGGUAUUGGAAAACAAGUUGUUGGAAGCACUAGAUUGGAAAUUUAUGCAUGAAACAGAUCUGAAAAAAAAUUCUGAUUUGAUGAUCGAAGAUGUACAUAAUGAUGGUAAUCUCAUCUCCAAACAGGAGUCAAGUUGAAAAUCACGAUGGCAGUCUUUGGUUAGGGAGGAAAAUGAGUUUCUCAAUAUUCAGGCUAUACAAAACCAACCUUUGGGUUGGGGAGGGUAUGCUCUAAAAUGCAAACUUCAGAACCUAAAACAUAGACUAAAAUCCUGGAGUAGAGAUAUCUGUGGAGAUCUAGGCAGCAAGGUGAAGCAAACUCAGAAUAGGUCACUGCAAGGAAGGCAUAGUAUUUUUUAUAUGUACGGAAGACUUAAUGCCCCACGACACUUUGGGAAUGAUAAUAGAAAUUAUUUGCCAUCAUCUGUGUUUAUGGAACAAACACCUUAUGAAAUCAGUGCUCAUGGCUCUUCAAGAUUACACCCGACAGCACUCUUCAAUAGUAAAAUGAUGAUAAGAUCAAGUUCAGGGUGGGACAAAGAUUUAUAUAAUUGUCAGUCGUAUCAACGUAGUUUCUGCAGUCCUAACCUCACUGGGCACGCGAAGUUUGAUGCUGAGACUCUUGGGUGGGUGAUGGCUCUGUUCUUAGAGAAAAAUACCCAGAUUUAUAUGAGGUAUCUUCUCAAAAACUUCAGACAGUGGCAAGCAUGGGGAUUUUUGGAGAAAAUGGCUGGGAGUGGAAAUUUUCUUGGAGAAGACAUCUUUUUGAUAGUGAAUUGGGGGAAGCCACAGCUUUUAUCGACCAGACCUCAGCUAUAAGUCCUGUUGCAGACUUGAAGGAUGACUGGGUGUGGGGAGCUCAACCAACGGAAAUGUUCUCUACAAAUUCUGCUUACAACUGUCUCAGAUCUGAGCAGCCUCUCCAUCAGCCAAACAGUGGCUUUAGACAGCUAUGGGAAAUCAAAAUCCCCCCUGCAGCUUUAUCCUUUGCCUGGAGAUUACUCUGGGAUAGGCUUCCUUCUAAGGAUAAUUUAAUCAGUAGACAGAUUGUCCUCCAAAACGAUCUAUGCCCUUUCUGCCAAAGCCAAGUGGAAUCUGCUUCUCACCUUUUCUUCACUUGUUAUAAAGUUAUGCCAUUAUGGUGGGAAUUCAACUCAUGGGUGAAGGAAGAUAGAGUUUUGCACAGCAAGCCUAUGGACAACUUUCUUCAGCAUUGUUCAUUGGCUGGAUCGAGGAAUUCUAACAGAAGGAGGAAGAUUUGGUGGAUUGCAGCUACCAAAUCCAUUUGGAGCCUUAGAAACGACAUGGUUUUCAACAACCAGUCUUUUGACAUAUCUAAAUUGAUGGACAGAUCUAUUUAUCUCACUUGGUCUUGGUUGAGGGGAUGGGAAAAGGAUUUUACUGUUCCUUUUCACCAAUGGUCCUCUUAUAUGUCUUUGUCAUUCAUUUAAUGUGUCAUUUGUAGGGAUGGGUUUUAUUGAUUUUGGUGGCUGUUGGUUAUUUUUCUGUGUUUUAGGGGAUGCUACCCUUUGUUUUCCUGUAGUACCUCUGGUACUAUGCUUCUUAUAUAUAUAAUAUUAUUUUUGGCUGUUCAAAAAAAAAAAAAGAGAAGCAGAGGCUCAUGAGACAGCAAUUAUGCUGGCAAAGGAGAAUGAUGAACUCAAGAUGAAACUUAAAGCCUUGAUUGAGGAUAAUAGUAAACUAAUUGAAUUGUAUGAAC